AUGACACGCCUCGGAUGGCUGCUCUGCCUGCUGGCGCUCUCCUGCUGCAGCACCCUGCAGGUGACCGGCUAUUACCAGGUCAUGGACUGCUGCCUGCGGACCAGCCCAUAUCCCAUCCCCAUCAAAGUUCUCCGUGGUUACCGAGAUCAGCAGAUCCAGCAGGGCUGCCCUAUCCGGGCUGUGGUUUUCAUCACUGUGAGAGGGAAACAGCUGUGUGCGCCCCCCCAUGCUUCGUGGGUGAAGGAGCUGAAAAAGCGGCUGGAUCGCCGUCACAAGAAGCAGCAGCAGCUCCUAGAGGUGGGAGCAUGUGAGGACCUGCUCGCUCACGGAGGGCGAUGUGCCGAACAGAGACGCCUGGAGGCGGAAAUGGGUCUGUCGCAGGAAGCCAAUGGACAGUCAUCUCCCCUGCAGGGUGGAGAGCUGCUUGUGCAGAGCAAGAGGCUGGAUUCAGGCAGCUGGCGGAUGGACUUUGACUCAGAGUCAAACUGUGAAGAGUGA